GAACAUCCUGGGCCUCAUCAACGAGUUCGACCUCCCAGAGCAGAGCAUCUCCAGGGCCAGCUACGAGGCCGUCCUCGCGCAGCUCAACGCCACACAGCCGGAGAGGCUGGCCCGGCUGCCCCUGAGAGUCUGCCGCCUGGAGGACUUCCUGGACAAGAGCGCCUCGGGCCCCGGCCUGGCCUUCAUCGUCUUCACGGAGGCCGUGCUGCACAUGCCGGGGGCGCCCGUGUGGGCCGUGCUCUUCUUCGGGAUGCUUUUCACCCUGGGGCUCUCGUCCAUGUUCGGCAACAUGGAGGGGAUCAUCACGCCACUCCUGGACAUGGGGGUCGUCCCCACAGGGUUCCCCAAGGAGGCCCUCACGGGGCUGGCCUGCCUGGCCUGCCUGCUCUCGGCCACCUGCUUCACGCUGCAGUCCGGAAGCUACUGGCUGGAGAUCUUCGACAGCUACGCGGCCUCCCUCAACCUCAUCAUCUUCGCCUUCUUCGAGGUGGUGGGGGUCAUCUACGUCUACGGCCUGCGGCGGUUCUGUGACGACAUCGCGUGGAUGACGGGGCGGCGGCCAGGCCUCUACUGGCGGGCGGCGUGGCUCGUGGCCAGCCCCCUGCUCCUCCUGAGCGUCUUCCUGGCCUACCUCGUCCUGCUGGCCCAGAGGCCGCCGAGCUACCGGGCCUGGAACCCCCAGCACGAGCAGUUCCCCUCCAGGCAGGAGAAACUCUACCCCGGCUGGGUGCAGGCCACCUGCGUGCUCCUGUCCCUGCUGCCCGCUCUGUGGGUCCCGGGCGUCGCACUGGCCCGGCUGGUGGCCAGGUGCAGGAGGCACAGCAGGACACGUGGCGGGACAGGAGCCUGAGGCCGCAGGACAGCAGGGCCCGCUGGGGGCAGGGAUGGCCGUGGGUGACCUCAUCACGCCCUCCCGCCGACUCUGCAGGACCCUUGGCUCCCCACGUCUCGGGCCUGCUCUCUCCGGGCGUCACUGCUGACAGCAGCUCUGAGCAGACAGCCAAGGGGACAGGAGCUCGCGGGACCACAGCCGUCUGCCCACCCUCAAAUGGGAGGCAGAGUCCACCCAGGGGUACCCCAGGUCCUGGCUGCCAUGGGAGGCCCUCUGCGUCAGUGCCGCCCACACAGCCCCCACAGGGCACCGCCCACGCAGCUCAGCGAUGGACAAAGGGCAGGCGAAUCCAGCCCCAGGCUGACCGCAAGUCCAGCUCAGGACGGGGGACAGGGGUCAUCUGCACACGCGUGAGGGGGACUCACGGGUGCUGGGAGCCCAGCCAGGGAGGACUCUGGGAGACACCGCCAGUGUCAGUGCCCAUGCUCCAGUGACCUCUCGGCCACUCCCUCACGGUCCCCAGCCGCCCUCCCCGCACCAAGCACCCAGGCAGUCAGCCCCCACCUGCCCACCCCAACCCCGCUUCCUUCUGACCACAGACCCCGGCCUCACACUGCCAGACCAGCACCCACAGAGCCCCCAGCCCUUCCCUGGUGCAGAAACACACGGCUGGCCACGCCCCCGCAGCACCCCAAAAGGCUGUAGCACUAUCGCCCAAGGGGCGUCUGCUGGGAGCAGCUCUCGCCGCCACGGGUGUGACCAAGCCCCGCCUGCAGAGCAGCUGAGAGCCAAACACCCCCUCGGCCCCCGCGCCCCGUGCACGUCCGAGCCCACAGUGGCGGAGGCCGACACUUAGCCCUCCAUCGUGGCAGCCCUCCCCACGCCAUGCUGAGACAGGUGGCAGUGAGCAUGGGGUGUCACACGGGGGAGCCCACGGCAUGAGGGGCGUCCCAGGGCUCAGCCCCGUCCCGCUCACUUGGACGUCACUGCUGACAGCAGCUGAGCAGACAGCCAAGGGGACAGGAGCUCGCGGGACCACAGGCGUCUGCCCACCUCAGCUCUGCCCUGCGGUGCCCCUUCGGCUGGCCCUCCCGGUUCAUGACCUGCCCUCUGCACAGUGGACAGUGCAGGCAGGCCCCCAGCAGGGUGAGCGAAGCCCCCACAGGGCUGGGAAGCGAGGGCAACGCUGUCCCGACACUGCCGCUGUGGCCUGCACAUCCUACCACUGCCCUGAACGGCUCCAGGGCUGCCCUUCCCGUCCACACCUCGCCUGGCCACCCCGUGCCCAGGAGCUUGGCCUGGAGGGGCCCUCGGGGGCUGGCGGUGGUGGUGUCGGAGCCCUGGUUCAGCAGCCAAGCGGGAAGGGGUGGGGCGUGGGGACAGAGACCCAGUGGACACCCAGCCUCCAGAAAACUCAGCCACGGAUGUGUGGACAGAUGGACACUCAUGUGAACGUGGACAUGGCUCGGGGGCUGCAGAGGGCAAUGGCCGACCCGCGUGACACCCCCAUGGGCACGAGCCCUCGAUGUGACACCUCUGACUGGCAGGGGCUGGCACAGGAGCAGAUGCUGCCCUCAUGUGGCCAGAAGUGGCCAGAACAGAGGAGUCCACAGGGGGCCCCUCCCUCCUGGGUGCCGUGUCCAUGGGCAACAGCCCCCAAGGGCAGACAGGGCCACCGCCACAAGGUCAGCCGAUGGGGGACUACAGUUAGCAUGACCAGCAGGGGGCGCUGGGGAGCAGGGCGCAGCAUCUUGGUUUUGGGGGCGCUAUCCCUCAGUCACAACAGCCCCCACUGGUGACACCAGUGAGCCCCCCUGGGGGUUCCGCCCCCACCC